GAAUGGGAUGAGGGGAGGGAAGAAAAGCGGGGGGGAGAGUGGAAGAAGAAUGAGACCUGCGCGCCGGCUGAUAAGGGAUCUCAGGAGAGCUCCUUCCCAGAAUACCUGCAUUCUCUGGACCCACCCGGUCCAGGGCUGCACUAUACAGUCUUGCUCACAGGCAGGACUGCCCUGUUCCUGGCUCUUCUUGCAUAGUGGAAGGCUAACUGACCCCAAAGCUCCUGGGCAGCUUCUGUGAACAGUAUUUGAAGUGGAGAGAAGAGCAGGGGCAGUGUCCAAAAUUGCUGUCCGAGAAGGAGACGAAAGGGACAGGGGAAGAUGGUACGGGCCAAGGCAGCGACUACUGGAAGAGGAAAGAAAAGCCAGGCAGAAGAAGUGCUGCUGGGGGUGAGGAGAUGAGCUCUCCUCGCACUAUGCUCCUCGAACAUCCGGAAGGUGUGCCUUUUGCCCACAGGUCCCUCCUCUGAAGGGCCACACCAUGAACUCUUGGGACGUGAGCUUGGCUUGCCUGCUGGUCGGAAUGAUUGCUAUCUCGCUGCUGUCCAACGUGGUGGUGCUGAUCUGUUUCCUCUACAGCCCUGACAUCCGCAAGCAAGUGCCAGGGCUCUUCAUCCUUAACUUGACCUGCUGCAACUUGUUGAUGACCGUGGUCAAUAUGCCCUUGACCUUGGCCGGGAUGCUUAAUAAACAGCAGCCAGGAGGAGACAGACUCUGUCACAUCGUGGGCUUCCUAGAAACCUUCCUGACCACUAACUCCAUGCUGAGCAUGGCCGCCCUCAGCAUAGACCGUUGGGUCGCCGUGGUCUUCCCUCUGAGCUACCACUCCAAGAUGCGCUACAAGGACGCUGCUCUCAUAGUGGGCUACACGUGGCUGCACUCCAUUUCCUUCCCCACUGCCGCUCUCUCCCUGUCCUGGCUGGGCUUCCAUCACCUCUAUGCCUCCUGCACCCUGUACAGUAAGAGGCACGAGGAGCGGGUUCCUUUCAGUGUUUUCACGGGGGUUUUCCACGCCCUCAGCUUCCUUCUCUCCUUUGUCGUGCUGUGUUUCACGUAUCUCAAGGUGCUCAAGGUGGCCCGAUUCCACUGUAAGCGCAUUGAUGUGAUCACCAUGCAGACCCUGGUAUUGCUUGUGGACAUACACCCCAGCGUGAGAGAACGCUGCCUGGAGGAACAGAAGAGACGGAGGCAACGGGCCACCAAGAAAAUUAGCACCUUCAUUGGGACGUUUCUGCUUUGCUUUGCACCAUAUGUAAUUACAAGGCUGGUAGAAUUAUCCUACGUUGGCCCCAUCAGUUAUCACUGGGGAGUCUUGUCCAAAUGUUUGGCUUACAGCAAAGCGGCAUCGGACCCCUUCGUGUACUCUUUAUUAAGGCAUCAGUACAAGAAGUGCUGGAAGGACAUACUGAACAGGAUUCUCAAAAGAGGUUCCAUCAAUUCCUCAGGCCUCACAGGGGACUCACAUAGUCAAAACAUUUUGCAAAUCACAGAAUGAAGGAAGAUGCUCCAGUCGUCAGAGUAGAAAGUGGAAGCAUGGAUGGGGGCCAGAAGGGAAGACCUCCUAGAUACUGAACAAAAACCCAUCAUCAGCUCACCACCAUGCAAAGCACCAUAUCCAUCAACCUGUGGCUUGUCUGCUUUCCUGAGUGGACUGUUGUCUCAGUGCUGCUUGUGAAAGCUGUGGCAAAGAGUGACACUGAAAGGCUUUCUGUCCUUCUUCCUGAGGGUAUGAUUUAGCUUCUAACCCCCCUGAAAGCAGCAGAGCAGUUGGACCAAAGUGUGAAGUCCCCCAGGUGGCCCCAGAGUACAGGCGCUGAAAGAAGGUGGUCGUUUAUCUUUAUGACUGGACUUGAUCUCCUCAGUUCAUUCACUAGCCAGCUGGGAUUGUGCUCAGUGUUGUACUCUUAAAAAAUAAUAAUCGUAGUGAUUCCCAAUAGGACAGAUCAGACUUGCAGAAAGGGGGAUUAUAGGAACAACAGCUUGAUUGAAAGUGCAUCAUCGAUUUAGGUCUACUGUCAUCCCUAUUUAUUUGUAGCUGCUAUGAUCAGCACAAAUAAUGCUUAAUACUUAGGUUCCAUCUACACUCAUGCAAAAUGGUUUGGGAAAACUUUUGAAUUGUACCAUAUGAUUAGUUGUGAACCUUGUUUUCUAAAUAAUCAGCUGUAAUACUAAGUUUAAUUUCAUUCCUGACUCCCUCAUUUCCCAUGUGUAUACAACCAUCAAGGACUGGUUUGUUUGGGUAGACAGCACCUUAGUGUAACAAUAACUCAAGCUGAUAGAUGACACCUUACUUUAGUCCCAUUUGAAUGGGCUGAUUCUAAAGCUGUUUUCUUCUGACUUCCUUGCAGUAGCCAAUUUGACUCUAAUUUGAGUUGAGUUAAAUUGUGGAAUCAUUACUUUUCAGUACUUCCUCCAUUUACAAUGAUCCUAAGUUUUCAGGAAACAUGUCAACCUCAUCCUACCCAGUGACACAUCUCAUUUGGUACUUUAAAAGAGGCAGAUGGGAGAAAGCUGGUUUCACUUUUUUCAUCUUAACUCUAAACAAUUGUCUCCAACUUUGAAAACAAGGAUUGUUAAGAUACAUUGAGCUGUUUGCCAGCUACUUUUGCUAAAGGCUACCCAGAAUUAAGCAUAUGGCAAGAAUAAGGCUAUAAUUGAAAUUGUCCAGGGAAACAAACCUUCCAUCCCUCUCCUCAGUCUUUCAGUCUCCAGCAGUUCUGUCUUCACAAAAAAAGCAGAAAUCAGUAAGUUAGUGAAUUUGAUUGGUGUAAGCCAAAUUCAUCACAAAUAGGUUUUUUUUAAAGUUUUUUUUUACUUUCUAAUCUAAAUU